UGUGGGAACGAGUGGGCAAAGAGAAAACUGAGUGCCACACAGAAGCAGAAAGAGGAGAAGGAGAAGGAGAAGAAGAAAGUAAAAGCAUAGGCAGAACCACAACCAGAACGUUGGAAAGUACUCCCGUGGAGUGAGACAGAACAGACGCAUGUUGUCAUGUUGACAAAUGCCAGGGCAUGGGAAUUGAAGAGCAGUCAACUGUUGCUGCUGCUGCUGCUGCUGUUGCUGUGGCAAGUGCUGCGCUGUGAUGGCGCCUCGGUCACCUGGGGACAUGUCAACAAAUAUGCCAGCCCGCUAUACACCGAAGAUGUGUACCUAACGCCCGAGACCCCGGGCAGAGAUGUGGUCUACGGCUCGCAGAAUGACGCUGAUGGCUACAGGCUAACGGCUGUGCAUGUGGAGGAUCUCAGCAGCUCACCAGCAGAUGCCCAAGGGGAUGAUGGCGACACCGGGUGUCUGUUAACAGAGGGCGGCAUUGGCCAGCAGCUUGUUGUCGUACAUUGCCAAAGGGGCCGACAAGUGCUCGGUGCGGAAUCGGUACAUCUACAAGUGUCCGUCUACGGGCUGGAGCUGUGAGGUGUGGGAUUUUAUCUUUUAGAGUGCUGUAAAUAUUAAUUACUAUGGCCUGGGCAUGGCUUGCCUCUUACAUUGUUAAGUUUAAUAAGAGUCACUUGAAUAUGUGCGCAAAAGUCGCUCUGAUGGGACUCUUAUCGUGUAUCAAUUCCUACUUCGCCUUUCGCUCUUCGUCAUUCAAGUAUCUCCACUCAAUACGAGAGGAUUUCGACUCAUUAGAACCCAAUUAAACUUUGUAUUUGCCACUGAA